AUGACCACAUACUCAAUCCAGCUCCCAAACUACCUCAAAAUCGAUAGGCCACUAACGAUUGGGAAUACUAGAUACAGUUUCAAUACCUCCCCACAACCUCCUCACGAUUGGUGCGGGCCGGCGGCGAUGACCUGGAAGAUCCCUUAUAGGGUGAGGAUGGUUGCGUCCUGCUCCUGCUUUUGCCCUGGCUUCUGCGGCUGCUUUGGCCCCUUCUAUGUUGGGGGUGGGGACGCGGAUCUGGUUGCGAUUAAGCUCAAGGCGGUGGGUUCUACCUCUUUUUCCGUGUCUACCGUGACUCGGCUUCCAUCCGAGCCUCCUCUUCUGGCUUUUCCAUGGUGGGUUGAAUUGACAUAUCAAGCUGGACCUAGGAAUAGGCGGCAGGGCGUUACUAUCGGAGGCGUCUGGUGUGAGCGCCUAAAGAAUGCCAUUCGCCAUUUCCAUUUAUUCUUCAAGUCUUCUAUCCAUGCCAGCUACCUCGUCAUUGUGGUUGCUACCCCAAACCCGUCUGGUAGAGCAGGAAAGCGGUCUGCUUCUGUUCCCCUUCCACAAAUUUUCCUGACCUUAGGCUGGGCUUUUCCUACCUUUAGUUUACGAGCUAAUCCAGAGAAUCUCAUCGCCGCAAAUACCUGGAUCUUCAGGGGUGGAGGACAUGGGCAAACCAAGGGAGGACUGGCAAUAGCUACAAACCCAGGUUAG